UGACAGGAGGAAGCGGGUGGUGGAGGGUGAAGAGGAGGUCCCGCCCCACCUCGCUCUCCUUUACGGGAAGUGAUGUGGGGCCAGACGGAAAAUACCAGCUAAGGACCCAAAAAAGGACGGCAGCGGGUUGCUGCAGUGCGCACGGAGGCAGAGCAGCGCGGGGACGACGGGCUGAGCCAGACAAAAAGUAAGCUUUCUGAAGAGGACGUGUGAUUGGAAAUUGUCUAAUUGUUGAAGUGCUGCGAACUCCAGUCUCCAAAGUCUUAGAAAAACAGCCAAGGAUUUAUACUUUGUCAAGGUGAACCGCUGAGUUCUUCAUUAUGUCUGAUGGAGACUAUGAUUACCUCAUCAAAUUUUUAGCUUUAGGAGACUCUGGAGUCGGGAAGACCAGUGUACUUUACCAGUAUACAGAUGGUAAAUUUAACUCCAAAUUUAUCACAACAGUGGGCAUUGAUUUCAGGGAAAAGAGAGUGGUAUACAGAGCCAAUGGGCCAGAUGGAGCCGUUGGCAGAGGCCAGAGAAUCCACCUGCAGUUAUGGGACACAGCAGGGCAGGAGAGGUUCCGAAGCUUGACAACAGCAUUCUUCAGAGAUGCUAUGGGGUUUCUUCUGCUUUUUGAUCUGACAAAUGAGCAAAGCUUCCUCAAUGUCAGAAACUGGAUAAGCCAGCUACAAAUGCAUGCAUAUUGUGAAAACCCAGAUAUUGUGUUAUGUGGAAAUAAGAGUGAUCUGGAAGACCAGAGAGUAGUGAAAGAAGAGGAAGCCAUAGGACUUGCAGAGAAAUAUGGAAUCCCCUACUUUGAAACGAGCGCUGCCACUGGGACAAACAUUAGCCAAGCAAUCGAGACGCUCCUGGACCUGAUAAUGAAGCGGAUGGAACGGUGUGUGGACAAGUCCUGGAUUCCUGAAGGAGUGGUGCGAUCUAAUGGUCACCCCUCUACAGAUCAGUUAAGUGAAGCAAAGCAGAAGGGGGCAUGUGGCUGUUGAAAAGUCAAGUGAGCUCCGCAAUAAUUAAAGUGGCCCAUGCCUGUGAUCUUCUCUAUGGGGGAUACACGGCACAGAGCGAGGUUAAUGGGCAUUGUGUACAAACUCCUUCUCACCAUCCCAAUUAGACCAAUCAAUAAAGCAUCCAGUUUUAAAAUGAAUUUGCUGCAGCUUUGUAAAUAUUUCUUUAAGAUUCAGCCUGAGAGUUAGGAGAACUAUUGCACAUAGCCAAAAGUGCCUUAUAAAUCCUUAGCCUAUGGCAGUAGAUCAUUCAAGGAUUCAGGAUUUUGCAGCCACAGAGGAGUGCAUGUAUUAUGAAGAAGGACUGGAGUUACCAUCACCUGCCUUAACAUAGAUCAGCCCAGUGUCUCACAGUCAAGAUCUUAGAUGCAAUUAUGAAACUACCAGCCUUUAAUCCAAAUUAAACUAUCCUACUUGUACUGUAGGUAACCUUUUAAAGUGCCACCUAAACUGCUUAAAUAUUAAACAAAAAUAUACACAAACAUCUGUUCAGUGUCCCUGAAUAUUAAUUUACGUAAGCAUUCUCUUUAAAAUGAACAUUGGACAAAUUACGGCCAUAUCUAUUGACCUUGAAUAAACUGGAUCGACCAAUUACAUACUCACUGUGAUUCUUGUCGGUGGGAAAGGGAUUGGGGGUGAGGGCAGGGCUGGCUUAAAUGUAACAUAAGCAACUGAAGAGUGGGGCUUCUGGCUCCCUGCCAUAAGCCCAUUGCUUUGAAGGGUUGAUUGAAGGGUCAGGGAACUAGAUUUAAUGGCUUUAGUUCACUGUGAUCUGUGCAUUUAUACUUGACCUACAUGCUGGCCACAUCUGAACAUAGCUGGUGCUCAUGCUGAAAUUAUUUGUAAUAACUGAAUAUUUAGCAUCUUUUUCUUCACAUUUUUAAUGUUUGUCUGGCUUCCUCAGACUGCACUUUCAAUUAGCACAUGAACUACUGAUCUUCUGUCUUUACCAUCAAGAACUGUAUUAUUGAUAUUUGCAAAUUGUUUUCUUUUUACAUUGGUGGAAUUGAAGGAAUUAGUUCUUAAUUAUGUAAAUUGUUUAUUUGCUAUUUAGUGGAAGAUAGAUGUUUAUAUUUAAGCAGUUACAUUUGUACUUUAGCUCAAUAUAAGAAAAAUUAAAUGUUCUAUAUAGCCUGUAUUUUUCCAUCAUUUGCCUCUCACAAUACCCCACAACUGGGGACCUGGCCUACAACCCAGGCAUGUGCUCUGACUGGGAGUCAAACUGGUGGCCUUUAGGUUCGCAGGCCAGCACUCAGCCCACUGAGCCUAGCCUGUAUUUUUCAUUGAUAUCAUGGGCACCGGUACUUGCUAGGUCUUGCCAAGGUCAUGUAUUUCUUCUACAUCGUCAUCAUGUCUUUCUACAAAAUUGAAGAUGGUUGAAAUCUUCAAUUUUAAAUUAAAAUAUGCUUCAUGGCAGUUUAUAAAGGUCAAAGGGGAAAAUUCUUAUUUACUAAAGUUGUUAAAACAGAUUAAAAUGUCCAAAGUAGUUAAUAGCUAUUUAGAAAUACAUUAUGGUAUUAAUAAAGAAUAAAAAUGAAUGUAUUUUGUGGAGGCAAAUGUUUGGCAGAAGUAUAAUAAGAAAAACACAAAUAUUAUGGGAAGUAAUUGAUCUUACACGAUUAUUUUCAAACAGAUUUUUACUGAGUACCUAUCCAGUUUUUUGCCACUGCCUUCCCACAACUCCCUUAAAAACUUAGCUGUGUUUACUAAGAUGUUAUGUAUUUCUGUCCUUAAAAUGAGAACCUUUUUAAAAUCCUAAAGAAGUCAUUGCAUCCUUCGUGUUUGAAUUGUAUGGCAGGAGCAGAAUUGUAAUCACAAGUAGUGCCUUCUAAAGUUGCCAUUAAGUGUCAGUAGAGUAAAUAAUGUUUUUACAUCUACAUAUCAGGGAACAUUUAAUAUGGUCUAUUUGUGUAAUUAAAAAGAUAACUUUGAAUGUUCUCAAUUUUCAAUAACCAAAUGAGUAGCUACAAAUUCCAUUUGCCUUAAACAUGGUAUACAAUUAUAUGUGUAUAUGUGAUACAGUACACAUACACAAACCAACUUUAAUUAUUGAAAUAACCUGUAUUCUCUUUGUAAAACCUUUAUUUAAAUUUGUUAUUGAAGUGCCAUAUUUUUGUGAGUCAAUGUAUUUUUCUAUUUAUAAGCCUGUGUAAAAGUGAAUUGUAUCUUCAGUGAACAUUGUGCCAA